AAAAUAUUUGCAUGCGGCAGGAACCGUGAGCAGCAGCGGGCAGUUAUUUUGAAGUGACUACAGUGGAGCAGUUCAUGGCCUCGAAGACAUAGUGACCCUUAUUGUAUCACCACUAUACCACUAUAAAGAAAUCAGAGUUGUUUGUCAAGAUCGUGACGUGAACAGAUCGUCUGUAUUCCAGGCACCAUGAAGCCUCCUUCUCGUCAUCGGAUUGCGCCAUCACAGUUUUUGCCCUUGAAAAGGACUGAGUCAACUCGCAGGUUCUUUCUUGGGUGGAAAAAGCAAGAGAAACGGAACCUUCUACAUGGCCUGAAACAGCAACAGAGGUUAAAUUCAGAGCUGGACCUGUUGGAGCUUCGAAAGAAAGUGCCCAAACGUACUCUGCUUGAGAUUCAGAAUCUGAUAAAGUAUUUGAGGACACGAGUGGUGUGGCGAGUGCAUCAGCAAGUCCAAAAACAGAAGGGUGAGGAACGGAGGACCAAAGCACCGAUUGAAAUAUGGGCAGAACUGGCGGAGAAAAUGGCUGGCAUCCAUGAGGAAACAAUAUCCUCUGCCUUUUCUCAAAUGCUCGUGAUUGCUGCCACAGAGCCUUGCAGCCGACAACACUCGGAUCCCCCACGUUUCUGCAACAUUCUGAGCCCUGCAGCCAACCACCCAAGCACUGUACCAAUGAGGCCCACAUCUAGAUCACACUCUGAAUCUGAACUGCCUGCUAGUCCUUCUCCUGUGACAGUCCAACCUGGUGGAACCUGUAAACCCCCCUCUCAGUCACCUGGAAAUGAUGGAACUUCGAGCCUCUCUGGCAUAAGCACAAUGGGAACAUCCUCCCUCAUUCAGCCCUCCUCCAUUUCCAGCAUUGAGGAGGGUUCAGAUUGUGCACAGCCAAGCAGUAAUGUGGCAGGUCAAGCGUCAGAAAAGCCAUCCACCCCCAGUGCGCCCAAAUCAGACCUCUGUCAGCUUACAAGCAGCCAGAAUCAUACAGUCUCAAAACCAACACCACCAGUGCCCACUACAACUGCUGCAUCUACAGCUUCAGUCUCACUCUCAUCAAGCUCUAAUCAGUUGGAUAAGCAGGAUGAAAGACAGUCUGAGCAGCCCAGAUCAAUGAGGAUGAAGUAUACAAUAGAUUUUGAGAAGAUUUACCAAUUUAUGAGUGACAUUAACUCACAAAACCACAGUCUGACUCUUACUGCAAUGGAGAGUGCAGUGCUUUUGGACUUGUUGAUGUCUUUGCCUGAAGAGCUCCCCUUGCUUGACUGUAAGGAAUUGCAGCAUCAUCUCCUUCAGGUACACACACGUCUGACCACACCUCCUGUGAAUGCAGUCUCCAUUCCCAGGACUGACCAGAGACCUGCGCCUGCUGAGCCAGUCACAGCUGGCAUAACAAAACAGACUGCUACAGUUGAUCAACGUGCUAAAUGUGCAACCGGACAGAAUGUUCAGAAGGAAGGUGAUUCAAAUUUAGUGUCAAAACAAGGGAAUUCUGCUGGAUUACCAGUGUCUGAAGGUGAAGGCUCUAGCCAGUCAUCUGCAGUCAACCCUCCAAAAGAUGGAGGAAAUUGGGCAGAAGCUGGCCUGUGUCCGCUAAAUCCGUUCAUGGUACCAAUAGCACUGCUUAAACGGCAGGAGUCUUAGGGUAGUGUUUAUUUAUUUCUGGCUUUCAGGAACUAUGAGGCUGAGGAUGCUUAUCUUACAAUAAUUGUAUUCCAGUAUUCCACUCAAAGAUAGUGCACUGCUUGCCCUGUUGGAAGUGUUAAAACUUUUAUUACCAAAUUGGUUUAAAUCAAUUUAAAAAAUGUUCCCUUUUUUAGAUGAGAAUUUAUAAUAGAGAUUCACAAUAAAUCUGUUAAAUGCAGUGACAUGGAUACAUUUUUAUCACAUGGUAUUUCAAUACAAAUUGCUGUGUAAUAGUGUUUCUAAUGCUAGGGCAGGUGUUCUCGAGGUUCUUAAUCAAAUCCUUAAGAUCCCCAUCUUCUCUUGCACCAGACACACCUGAACUAGAUAAUAUCCAGCUGCAGAUCUCUUACUGAUUUGACUCUGCUACUUUUGUCACUGACACACAAAAACUGUGAACUGGCUUCAGGUUCUUGAGGAAUGUAUUGUGAAUCGGUAUACUAAUACAUUGUUGUCAGUCUUCAGCACAGUGGUGCAUUGUGUUUCUGUUCACUUGGCUAAUGUGUGUUCUACCAACCGUGCAUCAUAGGUUGUAGGCAUUGUUUGAAUUUUGUAGAGUUAUAUUUUUGCUUUAU